UGGAAUUCUGACUUGUGGCUUUUGGCACUCCUAUUUCUUUUUAAAAAUCGCUCGGUCUGUGGAGUUCUGCCGAGCUCGGUGCCUUGCUCUCACUGGAGACAGACGGAAGCAGCCACAAAGCAGACUGAAGUGGCAGAAGAAAAUCUGCCAAGAUGUUCGGUCAGGGACCCAGGACCCCAGCUUCAGGCUGCUACUAUCUAAAUUCCAUGACACCUGAGGGCCAGGAGAUGUACUUGCGAUUCGAUCAGACUACGAGGCGCUCUCCUUACAGGAUGAGCCGGAUUCUAGCACGCCAUCAGCUAGUGACUAAAAUUCAACAAGAAAUCGAGGCAAAGGAGGCGUGCGACUGGCUCCGAGCAGCUGGGUUCCCGCAGUACGCUCAGUUAUACGAGGAUUCACAAUUUCCCAUCAACAUUUUGGCAGUCAAGAACGAUCAUGAUUUUCUCGAAAGGGACCUUGUAGAACCUCUUUACAGACGGCUAAACACGUUGAACAAGUGUGCCUCAAUGAAACUUGAUGUGAACUUCCAAAGGAAAAAGGGUGACGACUCGGACGAAGAAAACCUCUGCAUCAGUAACAAAUGGACUUUCCAAAGGACCAGCCGCCGGUGGUCUCGCGUGGACGACCUCCACACGCCGUUCCCCUCGGGGGACGUCAGGAUGAGAAACACGACCAGCAGUGAGAGUGUCCUCACGGACCUGAGCGAGCCCGAGGUCUGCUCGGUCCACAGCGAGAGCAGCGGCGGCAGCGACGGCGGCGGCCCGGGCCAGGAGGCCAGCAAGCGCGGGGGCAUGUACCUGGAAGACCUGGAUGUGCUGGCGGGGACCGCGCUGCGGGAGGCAGGCGACGAAAACCACACGCAGGAGUAUCAUUCCCAGGAGAACUUGGUGGUGCACGUGCCCAAGGACCACAAGCCAGGAACGUUCCCCAAGGCGCUGUCCAUCGAAAGCCUGUCGCCGACAGACAACAGCAACGGGGUGAACUGGAGGACUGGUAGCAUCUCCCUGGGCAGACAGCAGGGCCCUGGCCCCAGGGAGCCUGGGCUCGUGGCGUCCUGCCACAGAGCAAGUCGGGUCAGUAUCUACGACAACGUGCCGGGCUCCCAUCUAUACGCCAGCACCGGGGACCUUUUGGACUUGGAGAAGGACGAUCUCUUCCCUCACUUAGACGACAUCCUGCACCACGUCAGCGGGCUCCAGGAGGUGGUGGAUGACUGGUCAAAGAACGUCUUGCCUGAGCUGCAGACGCGCGACGCCUUGGUGGGGAAACCUGGCCCGUGCCCCUUCUCAUCCCCCAAUCAGAUCACCCUGGAUUUCGAAGGCAACUCUGUCUCCGAAGGGCGGACAACACCCAGUGACGUGGACAGAGACGCAACCUCCCUUAACGAGUCCGAGGCCGCUGGCGUCAGAGAAAGGAGAGAUUCCGGCGUAGGGGCCUCCCUGACCAGGCCAAACAGGCGACUCCGAUGGAACAGCUUCCAGCUCUCCCACCAGCCCCAGCCGUCCACUGCAUCGCCCCCCAUCAGCAGCCAGACGGCCGGCCAGCUGAACCUGCUCCAGCGUUUCUCCCUGCUUCGCCUCACGGCCAUCAUGGAAAAACACUCCAUGUCCAACAAACACGGCUGGACGUGGUCGGUUCCAAAGUUCAUGAAGAGGAUGAAAGUUCCUGAUUACAAAGACAAGACUGUCUUUGGCGUACCUCUCAUAGUUCACGUCCAGAGAACGGGCCAGCCCCUGCCUCAGAGCAUUCAGCAAGCCCUGAGAUAUCUACGCAGCAACUGCCUCGAUCAGGUGGGUCUUUUUCGAAAAUCGGGUGUGAAGUCUCGAAUCCACGCCUUACGUCAAAUGAACGAGAACUUCCCCGAGAACGUCAGCUACGAGGACCAGUCCGCUUACGACGUAGCGGACAUGGUGAAGCAGUUCUUCCGUGACCUCCCAGAGCCUCUCUUCACCAACAAGCUCAGCGACACCUUCCUCCACAUCUAUCAGUAUGUCCCCAAGGAGCAGCGGCUGCAGGCAGUGCAGGCCGCCAUCCUGCUGCUGGCGGAUGAAAGCAGAGAGGUCCUGCAGACGCUGCUGUGCUUCCUCAACGACGUGGUCAACUUGGUGGAAGAGAAUCAGAUGACGCCCAUGAAUCUGGCUGUGUGUCUGGCCCCCUCGCUCUUCCAUCUUAAUUUACUGAAGAAAGAAAGCUCCCCCAGAGUCAUCCAGAAGAAAUAUGCCACCGGGAAGCCAGAUCAAAAGGACCUCAACGAGAACCUGGCCGCCGCUCAGGGCCUUGCGCACAUGAUCACGGAAUGCGACCGGCUCUUUGAGGUCCCGCUUGAGAUGCUGGCCCAGUCUCGUAACUCGUACGCGGAGGCCGAGGUCCACGCGCCAACCCUGGAAGACCUGGGGACCCAGCUGGAGGAGAGCGGGGCCACUUUCCACACUUACCUGGAACAUCUCAUCCACGGCCUCCAGAAGGAGGCCAAAGAGAAGUUCAAAGGUUGGGUCACAUGUUCCAGCACAGACAAUACGGACCUGGCCUUCAAAAAGGUGGGGGACGGGAACCCGCUGAAGCUGUGGAAGGCGUCCGUGGAGGUGGAAGCGCCCCCCUCUGUGGUUUUGAACCGCGUGCUGAGGGAGCGCCACCUGUGGGACGAGGACUUCGUGCAGUGGAAGGUUGUGGAAACUCUAGACAAGCAGACGGAGAUCUAUCAGUACGUGCUGAACACCAUGGCCCCCCACCCUUCCAGAGACUUCGUGGUUCUCAGGACCUGGAAGACCGAUUUGCCCAAAGGAAUGUGCGCCCUGCUGUCCCUCUCGGUGGACCACGAGGAAGCCCCGCUCAUGGGCGGCGUGCGAGCCAUCGUGAUGGAUUCUCAGUACUUAAUAGAACCGUGUGGCUCCGGCAAGUCACGACUGACCCACAUCUGCAGGAUAGACCUGAAAGGUCACUCCCCGGAAUGGUACAAUAAAGGCUUUGGACAUCUGUGUGCGGCGGAAGUUGCCAAGAUUAGAAACUCUUUUCAGCCCCUCAUUGCCGAGGGUCCAGAAACCAAAAUCUGAGUUUUCCCCAGCGUGACAUCCAACUCAGGGAAGAGGAAGCGAAAGCCAACACGUGGGAGAGAGCGUGCUUGCGAGAAAGCGAGAGUGAGGGGGAGACUGGUGGGCGUGGUUCACGCGUACAGUGGAAAUGCUGACGAGUCGGAAUGUCGGAGAUGCGAGAACUUCUAGAAGUUUCCUAGCCUUCCUGGAGAUGGCUAUAGCCCUACUAAUAUAAUAUUUUUAAAAAUCAGAACAGUUAUCUAUGUUACCUAAAAUUAAAUGGAUUAUUCCUUGUGCAUUGCCUAAUUUGCUAUUUAAAGGCUUCUACGAAGCAUAUUCUUAACUGUAAAUAAAUAUCUGUACAGCAUAUGUA